GGAGAGUUUGGCUCGGCGCGCGCCUGCGCGGGAAGGGGAAAGCCGGAAGCCCCAGACGGGCCGUUGAGGAGACAGUGAUUUUCUCUCUGCUGAGAGCUGGGGGGCCCCAGAUUGGGGGGCCCCAGCCGGCAAUCCAGAGGGCAUGAUGGAUUUGGCGUAUAUCUGCGAGUGGGAGAAAUGCCCCAAAAGCAACCACUGCCCCUCCAUCCCACUAGUGUGUGCCUGGUCCUGCCGGAACCUGAUCGCCUUCACCACUGACCUCAAGAAUGAGGAGGAGAAAGAUUUAAGGCACAUGAUUCACAUUCUGGACACAGAGCAUCCUUGGGAUGUAUACUCCAUCAACUCCGAGCACAGUGAAAUCAUCACCUGCCUGGAGUGGGACCAGUCGGGUUCCAGGCUCCUGUCAGCAGAUGCAGACGGGCAGAUCAAGUGCUGGAGCAUGUCGGACCACCUGGCCAACAGCUGGGAGAACUCAGUGGGCAGCAUGGUGGAAGGGGACCCCGUCGUGUCCCUGUCAUGGUUGCACAACGGAGUAAAACUUGCCUUGCACGUGGAAAAGUCGGGAGCCUCGAGUUUCGGGGAGAAGUUUUCCCGGGUCAAGUUCUCACCUUCCCUCACGCUGUUUGGCGGAAAGCCCAUGGAAGGCUGGAUCGCGGUGACCAUCAGUGGCCUGGUGACGGUCUCCCUCCUGAAGCCCAAUGGGCAGGUACUGACAUCCACAGAGAGCCUAUGUCGCCUGCGCUGCCGCGUGGCCCUGGCUGACAUAGCCUUCACCGGCGGGGGGAACAUCGUGGUGGCCACCUCGGACGGGAGCAGCACCUCACCCGUGCAGUUCUACAAGGUGUGCGUCAGUGUGGUGAACGAGAAGUGCAGGAUCGACACCGAGAUCCUGCCGUCCCUCUUCAUGCGCUGCACCACGGACCCGGCGCGCAAAGACAAGUACCCGGCCAUCACCCACCUGAAGUUCCUCGCCAGGGACAUGUCCGAGCAGGUGCUGCUGUGUGCCUCCAAUCAGAUUAGCAGCAUUGUGGAAUGCUGGUCCCUGCGGAAGGAGGGCCUGCCCGUGAACAACAUCUUUCAGCAGAUCUCUCCUGUGGUUGGGGAUAAGCAGCCGAUGAUACUCAAGUGGCGGAUUCUGUCGGCCACCAACGACCUGGAUCGGGUGUCGGCAGUGGCCCUCCCCAAACUGCCCAUCUCCCUCACCAACACCGACCUGAAAGUGGCCAACGACACCAAGUUCUACCCCGGAUUAGGUCUUGCGUUGGCAUUCCACGACGGCAGCGUCCACAUCAUCCACCGCCUCUCCCUGCAGACCAUGGCCAUGUUCUACGGCUCUUCUUCCCAGCGCCCGGUGGACGAGCAGGCACUCAAGCGGCAGCGGACGGCUAGCCCCUCUGUGCACUACAAGGCCAUGCAGCUCUCCUGGACCUCCUUGGCCCUCGUGGGGAUCGAUAACCACGGAAAGCUGAGCAUGCUCCGCAUCUCACCCUCCAUGGGUCACGUCCUGGACAUGAAUAUGUCGCUCUGCCACUUGCUUUUCCUGCUGGAGUAUUGCAUGGUGACUGGCUACGACUGGUGGGACAUCCUGCUGCACGUGCAGCCCAACAUGGUGCAGAAGCUGGUGGAGAAGCUGCAUGAGGAAUACAUGCGGCAGAACGCUGCCCUGCAGCAGGUUCUGUCCACUCGCAUCGUCGCCAUGAAGGCCUCGCUCUGCAAACUCUCAUCCUGCACCGUGGCCCGGGUGUGCGAUUACCACGCCAAGCUCUUCCUGAUCGCCAUCAGCUCCACGCUGAAGUCGCUGCUCCGCCCGCACUUCCUGAACACUCCGGACAAAAGCCCCGGCGAUCGUCUCACCGAGAUAUGCACCAAGAUCACGGACAUAGACAUCGACAAGGUGAUGAUCAACCUGAAGACAGAAGAGUUUGUCCUCGAGAUGACGACCCUGCAGUCUCUGCAGCAGCUGAUUCAAUGGGUGGGCGAUUUUGUGCUGUACCUCCUGGCCAGCCUGCCCAACCAGGGUUCCCCUGUCCGACCGGGCCACAGCUUCCUGCGAGACGGGGCGUCCCUGGGCAUGCUGCGAGAGCUGAUGGUCGUGAUUCGCAUCUGGGGCCUGCUGAAACCCAGCUGCCUGCCCAUUUACACCGCCACCUCCGACACCCAGGACAGCAUGUCUCUCCUCUUCCGCCUGCUCACCAAACUGUGGCUGUGCUGCCGGGAUGAGAACCACCCCAGUGAGCCUGACGAGACCCUGAUCGAUGAGUGUUGCCUCCUCCCAAGCCAGUUGCUGAUCCCUGACCUGGACUGGCUCCCUGUCAGUGAUGGCAUCGUCAACAAGCUGCAGGGCAAGCAGCUGCUCCGCCUGCAGUUCGGGAAGCCCCCCGGGCUGCUGGGCUACCCGGUCACCCCUCAGUUUGAUCUGUUUGCCAGGGGCCCUGGGCAGCCGAAGAUCGACCACCUGAGACGGCUCCAUUUGGGUGCCUAUCCAACUGAGGAGUGCAAGUCUUGCACCAGGUGCGGCUGUGUCACGAUGCUCAAGUCACCCAACAAGACGACGGCGGUCAAGCAGUGGGAGCAGCGGUGGAUCAAGAACUGCCUCUGUGGGGGGCUGUGGAGGAGAGUGCCCUUCAGCUACUCCUAACGCACCCCAGCCAUGGGGGCACCACUUGCCCUGAGACUUCUUAAAGGUCUGCCCGUGAGACCAAAGAGAGAUUACUCCUUCAGGAGGGUCUUUCCGGUCCUCCUCACCUCCACCUUCAGUGUUCCAUAAGGACCCUUCAUCCGUGCUGCUAGAAACGAAGAGGGGAAAGGGGAGGUUGUAAAAAUUUGGAGUAGAUUUUGUACAAAGUAAAUGGUCCUUUCAGAGCCUUUAAACUCCUUCUCCCCUUUUCCCCCUUGGCCACUCUGUCCUGCACACUGUGGCCACUCUGAGGGCUAAGUCUCUGUCUGGGACAGGAAUGUUUUUCAAUGGAAACUCAAACAGUGAUAUGUAUUGAACACCUACCGCAUGCGGAGCACUGUUCUAAGCACUUGGGAUUGUACAGUAGAGUAAGAGACAUGGACCCUCCUCAAGAAGCUUAGAGUUUUAGGGUGAUGCCGAAAGACACAAGGCAUUCAGAAACUCUGUGGCUACCAAUAGCACAAUUAUGGAGAGAUUAGUCAUCUGUAAAUGAAUCUAAGUCGAGAAUAUGCAUAAAUGCUAAAGUGUGUAAA